CUCGGAUGAAGAACAUUUAAAGUUGUGUUUGAAAAACGGUAGAGCGCCAGCGGUGACGGCAGUCAUAUUUGUUCUAAAGUAGCUACCUUUGUUUAGCUAUCUACAAGAUAAUUGUUCAAGAGAAACAAUAGCGGAUAGACUUAAUCACUUGGUAAGGACAUUUUUUUUGGUUGCUCGAGUUUUUGUUGUUGUAUAUCACAAUAUUAGCUAACGGUAGCUAACUUUCUAGUUAGCCAGUUAACUUGGUUAACGCUAGCUAGCUAGCUAAUGUUAGCUGACUAGUCAGAGUAAGGGUAACGUUAUGUUUUUAAAUUGGGGAAACUAUUUGUGUGUUACAGUUGUUUGCAGUAUUUGGAGUGUUCUGCAAACAUGUCUACGCACAACUCGUUCAAUGUCGCAAAAAAGGAUGAGAAGGGGAGAAAUAUUCAAGUCGUUGUGAGAUGCAGGUAAGCUAAACGUGAUUUGUAUGAAACCAGUUGGGAGUUUGGGACUAAAAUCAACUUGAUCAUAACUGACGUUAGCUAAUUAACUUACUAACUAAAUGGACAAGAACAUCAGUGCCGAUGGUGUCACAGUAACAAUAGCUAACUAGCCUAAUGUUGUCUAGCUAACUUCUCUGCCCAUGCCUCUUCAGACCCUUCAACAACGCGGAACGCAAGUCUGCCUCCCAUGGAGUCAUUGAUACAGUUGAAAAUCGAAAAGAGAUCAAUGUGCGAACGGGAGGGAUUGGCGAUAAGGCAGCUAGGAAAACGUACACCUUUGAUAUGGUAACUAAUGUAACGUUCUUGGUCUAAAAUGAGCUAACACCUAUACUUGGGUUGCAAGGUCAUCUGUUCCUAAUGUGCAAUUUACAUGUUAUCAAUCCCUCAGGUGUUUGGUCCAGCUGCCAAACAAAUCGACGUGUACAAAAGUGUUGUCUGCCCUAUUUUGGAUGAAGUGAUAGGCGGAUACAAUUGUACAGUUUUUGCGUAAGUACUAGCUAAGUAGGGAUUAAGUGGCAUAACCACAAGGUUACAUUUAGCCAUUUGAAGCUGACAUCGGCUACUGAAGGCGGUUGUCUGUUUUAUACAUGAUUUUUCCCUAAACGGUUUCUUUCUCUUUGUCAUGUAGCUAUGGCCAAACGGGAACAGGAAAGACUUUUACAAUGGAAGGAGAAAGAUCUCCAAAUGAAGAAUUUACAUGGGAAGAGGUAUAACAUAACUUGUGUCAUAUCUGUCAAUUAACUUAUGUUUUUAUUAUAGUUUUCAAUAUUUGUGAUUUGAAUGGACUCUUUCAGGAUCCUCUUGCUGGUAUCAUUCCCCGGACACUUCAUCAGAUAUUUGAGAAGCUGUCUGACAAUGGGACAGAGUUUUCUGUCAAGGUUUCCUUGCUGGAGAUCUACAAUGAAGAGCUGUUUGACCUGCUGAGCCCUUUUCCCGACGUCACUGAACGACUUCAGUUGUUUGAUGAUCCACGUAACAAGGUACUAACCAGUCUCACAUUUAUGUAUGUUCCUAAUGGGUUGAAUCACACAAGUGUCUGUCAACAAGUCACUGCUGUUCCUCCAGGGUGAUGUUCUUAAAAUCUAAUGGUCAUAUUAAAACCUGCUUUUGAGGGUUAAAUAUCAUUUCUGUCCACCAGAGGGGUGUUAUCAUCAAGGGCCUGGAGGAAAUCACAGUACACAACAAAAAUGAGGUUUACCAGAUUCUGGAGCGUGGAUCUGCCAAGAGAAAGACUGCCUCCACUCUCAUGAAUGCAUACUCCAGGUAAACCUGCAUGUCUGACCAUCUGCACUUGUCUCAUACUAAAGCACAGGGUGUUCGUGUUUGAAUUGUUGAUUAUUGGUUUAUUGAUCUGCCCCCCCCCCCUCUUUUUUUUCAGCCGCUCUCACUCAGUGUUCUCCGUCACGAUUCAUAUGAAGGAGAUCACCGUUGAUGGAGAGGAACUGGUCAAGAUUGGAAAACUGAACUUGGUAUGGUUAACUGGUAUUGCCUACAAAUACCAUCGUCACACAUCCUCUACCAGUGACAUACAAAGACGGAUAACAAAUUUGACCUGCUGUAUGUGCACCUGCUUGUGAUGACCAUCAGGAAUUCUAGCUAAUGUGACCCGUACCUUGUAGGUGGACCUUGCUGGCAGUGAGAACAUCGGCCGCUCGGGGGCUGUGGACAAGCGGGCGCGCGAGGCUGGCAACAUCAACCAGUCUCUGCUGACGCUGGGCAGGGUUAUCACUGCACUGGUGGAGAAGAGGCCACACGUCCCCUACAGGGAGUCCAAACUCACCCGCAUCCUACAGGACUCACUGGGAGGCCGCACCAAGACCUCCAUCAUUGCCACAGUUUCUCCAGCCUCCAUCAAUUUGGAGGUGUGUCUGGCUUUGUUAUUGUCUCUUGGCACCAAUGUCUAGUUUAAUACUUAAUUGUAUCAAUAACUCAAUACUCUGUUAACUUUUUGUUUCAUGAAAUCGCCAGGAAACUCUGAGCACACUGGAUUAUGCCAACCGGGCCAAGAACAUCAUGAACAAGCCUGAGGUGAACCAGAAGUUGACCAAGAGAACUCUUAUCAAGGUAUGUGUAUAUAUAUAUAAGCACUGAACAAAACCUCUCAAUUUUGGAGUAUGCAUGCUCUUUUUACUUUAUGCAUGUGUAUUUUGUGGUAAAAGGUCUGGACUGAAAAAUAUUGAAUUUAAUCAUCAGGAAUACACAGAGGAAAUUGAGCGUCUGAAACGGGAUUUGGCUGCCACCCGUGACAAGAAUGGAGUGUAUCUGUCGUCUGAGAACUAUGAGUAAGUGCCCAUUGUACAACACAAAAAUAUUGUGUAAGAGUCAAAUGUUAUUUCUAAAGUCUGAAUCACUUCAAAAGGUGAAAGUAUAGGAGAUUUUAAUUUAUCCCCCCCAGGAGCAUGGCAGCUGCGAUAUCUUCCCAAGAGGAGCAUAUAACAGAAUAUACUGACAAGAUUGCAGCAGUGGAGGAGGAAGUGAAGAGGGUAAGCAUAUUUCAAAAGUACUCUCAUAUUUUACUUCCUGUUUUUGGAUGAGCAGCACCAUGGUUACCAGCUCCACUUGACUCAUCAAAAAACAUGUGUAACUGUCCCUCCUUCCCAGGUUACAGAGCUGUUUGAGGAUAGCAAGGAGAAGCUGGACCAGUGCACAAAUGACCUAGAGGAGAAGAACCAGAAGCUGCAUGAGACUCACAAGGACCUGCAAGAGACCAAGCAGAAGCUCACUGAGGAGGAGUUUAUAGUGUCUGAGCUGGCCUCCACUGAGGAGAAACUGUACACCACUGCAGACAAGGUUAGGGUGACAUCAUUACAACCAAUUAGGAAAAAGUAUGAAAAUGUCUGCACUCACUACUGUAAGUCGCUCUGGAUAAGGGCGUCUACUAAAAUGAUGUUUUUGAGAAUGUACUGUAUAAUGACUUGAUUUAGUUAUGAUUUAACGUUUUCCCAGUUGCUGACAACUGUUGAUGAGAGCACCAAAGACGUGUCUGGCCUGCAUGCCAAACUGGAGAGGAAGAAAAAGGUUGAGGAGCACAACUCUGAGAUCCAGAUGAGUUUCGCCGACCGCAUGGAUGCUAUGUUCAGCCAGAUGCAGAACUCUGUGGAAGACCAGCGCAGCAAGCACCAGAGCAUGCUGGACUCAUACAAAACCUCAGUUGGUGAGCAGCUUGAAAUGGACCGGUAGUUUGAGUGAUAUGAGCGCAUAAUAGAAUUUGAUAUCUAAUUGAAUGUCUUUUACUCCCCGCUCAGAGGGUCUUCUCACAGUCAACGACACAGCUUUCAAAGGAGCCAUGGCUACUGUAGCCACGUCCUUCUGCAGCAUCAAAGACCUGGUAGCUGAUGGCAUGACCAAGUGUCAGGCUAAGAUGAUGGAGCAGGAGACGCUGUGUGUGGAGGCUAAAAACAGUCUGCACCAGGUUUUGGUAAGGACAGAAAUGAAGCCAUCUCUAUUGUCUUCCAUCUCUCCCGGCUUUUUUUUUGUGCACAAAUCUGUAUGAAUAGAGAUGAGAGGUUUCAUGAUAAAUACAAUCCUGGGUUAACAGGAGCAGCAUAAGCUGGAGCUUGAGGUGGUCCUGGUAGCCCAGGUGUUGCCUGGUCUCAGUGCUAUCAUGAACAUGAAUGACAGCCUGAGGAAGACACUGGAGACCCACCAUGCCGUGGCAGCUAAGGUAAAGGAAGCUGGCUGAAAUGAUGCAUAAUACUGUUCUCAAAAUACUUUUGAGUAUGCAUGUUGGACAAUGGACAACUUCAUGAAUGCAUUCCUUUUCCCAAGAUGGAGUCCAUGAAGGUGGAGAUGACGUCGUUCUUUAGUGGCCAUGCCCAGGACCUGGCUGCACUGAGGGAGACUGCAACAGAAGGUCUUGGCUCCCUAAAGACUGAGCACGACAACCUGAAGGAACAGAUCAGCAGAGCAGACAAGGAGCACCAUACGGUAAGGACUUGGAGUAGUCUAGUUUAAAGCAGGGGUGUCAAACAUACGGCCUGCAUGCCGAGGGAAAAUAACUCUAUAUACUUUAAAAUGACUAAAACCAAAUCGAAACUGUGUCGAAAUAAUGGGCCUACAGUUGAAGUUGGAAGUUUACAUACAUUUAAACUCAGUUUUUCACAAUUCCUGACAUUUAAUCCUAGUAAAAAUUCCUUCUUAGGUCAGUUAGUAUUUUAAGAAUGUGAAAUGUCAGAAUAAUAGGAGAGUGAUUUAUUUCAGCUUUAAUUUUUUAUCACAUUCCCAGUGGGUCAGAAGUUUACAUACACUCAAUUAGUAUUUGGUAGCAUUGCCUUUUAAAUUGUUUAACUUGGGUCAAACGUUUCGGGUAGCUUCCCACAAUAAAUUGGGUGAAUUUUGGCCCAUUCCUCCUGACAGAGUUGGUGUAACUGAGUCAGGUUUUCAGGCCUACUUGCUCGCACACACUUUUUCAGUUCUGUCCACAAAUGUUCUGUAGGAUUGAGGUCAGGGCUUUGAUGGCCACUCCAAUACCGUGACUUUGUUGUCCUUAAGCCAUUUUGCCACAACUUUGGAAGUAUGCUUGGGGCCAUUGUCCAUUUGGAAGACCCAUUUGCGACCAAGCUUUAACUUCCUGACUGAUGUCUUGAGAUGUUGCUUCAAUAUCUCCACAUAAUUGUCCUUCCUCAUGAUGCCAUCUAUUUUGUGAAGUGCACCAGUCCCUCCUGCAGCAAAGCACCCCCACAGCAUGAUGCUGCCACCCCCGUUCUUCACGGUUGGGAUGGUGUUCUUCGGCUUGCAAGGCUUCCCCUUUUUCCUCCAAACAUAACGAUGGUCGUUAUGGCCAAACAGUUCUAUUUUUGUUUCAUCAGACCAGAGGACAUUUCUCCAAAAAGUAAGAUAUUUGUCCCCAUGUGCAGUUGCAAACCGUAGUCUGGUUUUUUUAUGGCGGUUUUGGAGCAGUGGCUUCUUCCUUGAUGAGCGGCCUUUCAGGUUAUGUCGAUAUAGGACUCGUUUUACUGUGGACAUAGAUACUUUUGUACCUGUUUCCUCCAGCAUCUUCACAAGGUCCUUUGCUGCUGUUCUGGGAUUGAUUUGCACUUUUCACACCAAAGUACGUUCAUCUCUAGGAGACAGAACACGUCUCCUUCCUGAGCGGUAUGACGGCUGCGUGGUCCCAUGGUGUUUAUACUUGCGUACUAUUGUUUGUACAGAUGAACGUGGUACCUUCAGGCGUUUGGAAAUUACUCCCAAGGGUGAACCAGACUUGUGGAGGUCUACAACUUUUUUUCUGAGGUCUUGGCUGAUUUCUUUUGAUUUUCCCAUGAUGUCAAGGAAAGAGGCACUGAGUUUGAAGGUAGGCCUUGAAAUACAUCCACAGGUACACCUCCAAUUGACUCAAAUUGUCAAUUAGCCUAUCAGAAGCUUCUAAAGCCAUGACAUUUUCUGGAAUUUUCCAAGCUGUUUAAAGGCACAGUCAACUUAGUGCAUGUAAACUUCUUAUCCACUGGAAUUGUGAUAGAUUUCACUCUGUCUGUAAAUAAUUGUUGGAAAAAGUACUUGUGUCAUGCACAAAGUAGAUGUCCUAACCAACUUACCAAAACCUAUAGUUAAGAAAUUUGUGGAGUGGUUGAAAAAUGAGUUUUAAUGACUCCAACCUGUGUAUGUAAAAUUCCAACUUCAACUGUACGUUCAGUUUUUUCACUGUCCAGUUCGCUAAUAACCACCACAAAUGAAACCUAGACAGUCGGGGAGCAUGAAAUUCCAAAAACUAUUGCUAGAGGACAAUCUUUUGCAAGUUUUGCCUGCGAGGAAAUUUAACACAUUUUCAAUGCCUCAUUGAAGACCGAAUGCGGCCCCCGGGGCAAAAUUAGUUUGACACCCCUGGUCUAAUGUGUUUUCUCUUAUCACCCUCUGCAAUGAUCUGAAAAAACAAGAUAUGUCAAAGUAAUACUACAUCUUGAGAUGUACAAUAGUGUUGCUCUUGCAGUGGUGUCUACUCUGCUUUGAAGCCAUUGGUCCAGUCCCUGCUAGUCAUCUGGAUGUUGAUGAAGAACUCCUGUCAUUCUCACUGUCAAGGCUGUAUGGUCAGAAAAGCACACUUGUUAUCUGACAUUGUGACAUCCCCUCUGUUUCUGGUCAUACAGGGCAUGACCCAGGUUAUCCAGUGUCUGCAGAACCAGCUCAGCCUCCUGGCCAUGGAGACCCAGAAUAACUAUGCCGGCCUGAUGAGUGCCUCCGAUGCCCUGCAGGUCCCUGUUCAGUCCCUUCAGCAGACCCUUCAAACGUAAGUGAAACUGGGCUGUCUUAACUGGGCCAUUGACAUCUAAUGAUUUAUCUGUCCAUAGCAUUGGCUUUGUCCAUUUGAAUCUGCAUGUUAUUAUUUUUCACCUGAGAUGUUUUCCAGGGCAGAGCCUCUAACUUUGCUGCCCUUCUCCAGGAGAUGCAGGGAAUCUGAGAACCAGACCGCCACCCAAAAGGAGCGUCUAGAGUCUACUACCGCCAGCCUGAUCUCUGAGGUCCAGCAGACUGCCCAGGAGGCUCAGCGCACGGUGGAGGAGUGCUCCGCCUACAGCAGCCACCUGCACAGCUCUCUGACCCAGCUGAGUGAGAAGAGUCUGCAGUGGUGUGCCUCCACCAAGGACGGCACUGACUCCCAGGCCCAUGCUCAGCUCACCCUGAUCAGAGACCAAACCGCCUCCACUCAGACCCUGCUAACGGUAAACUAUACACGUGGAUAUUGUUGUGCCGUUUUACCUCAAAUGGGUACUUGGUGGUGUUAUAUGAAAUGGAGUACUAAAAGGUCUUAGGUCUUGGUUAGCUUUGAAAUCCCUGAGCAGCUUCUUACAUGUCGGUAAUCCUCAUAACUGAAAUCCUGACCGGUGUUUCUCUGUGGUGUGAAUCAGAGUGUGGCGCAGAGCUGUGAGGGGAGGGUCCAGGAGAUGAGUGGGCAGCUGAAGCAGCAGCAGGGGACAGUGGAGGAGGGUCUGGGGUCCAUGAAGGAGCAGUUGUCACUGGACCAGAACACCCUGGAAUACCACCAGACAGAACUCAAGGCCCACCUGGAGGAUGGCCUGGCCCGCGUCCACAGCUUCCUCAGUGAGGAGCUCAUACAGGAUGUCCCAACUGGUGAGCUUGACACGGAUAUAAUGUUAAACUGGCUUUUAUUUUGUACAUAUCUUUGUCCCAGUUACUGACCUGUCAUGUUUCCUUCAUUUGUUCUGGCAGGUGCAACUCCUCAAAGGAGGGAGUUUGUGUACCCACGUCUCCUAGCCAAGUCGAAGAACCGAGCAGAACUGCUGGAGAGCCUCCGCCACCAGCAGGAGGUGCUGCAGACAGCCCUGUUGCAGUGUGACACAGUGGAGGAGGAGGAGGAGAAGCAGGUUGAUCAGGUACACUUCAGGAAAUUAGAGCCCAGUAUUUCCUGUUUGGGUCAUGUGGGUUUGGGGCAGUAUGGCAGCUUACAUUGACAUAAUUACAUUAAGUGAACUGUACACAAUGACUCUAUGAACUGACUGAUCUUGACUGUUCAGCAUGUACAGUGAGGGGGGGAAAAAGUAUUUGAUCCCCUGCUGAUUUUGUACGUUUGCCCACUGACAAAGACAUGAUCAGUCUAUAAUUUUAAUGGUAGGUUUAUUUGAACCGUGAGAGACAGAAUAACAACAAAAGAAUCCAGGAAAACGCAUGUCAAAUGUUAUAAAUUGAUUUGCAUUUUAAUGAGGGAAAUAAGUAUUUGACCCCUCUGCAAAACAUGAUUUAGUACUUGGUGGCAAAACCCUUGUUGUUUCUUGUAGUUGGCCACCAGGUUUGCACACCUCAGGAGGGAUUUUGUUCCACUCCUCUUUGCAGAUCUUCUCCAAGUCAUUAAGGUUUCGAGGUUGACGUUUGGGAACACGAACCUUCAGCUCCCUCCACAGAUUUUCUAUGGGAUUAAGGUCUGGAGACUGGCUAGGCCACUCCAGGACCUUAAUGUGCUUCUUCUUGAGCCACUCCUUUGUUGCCUUGGCCAUGUGUUUUGGGUCAUUGUCUUGCUGGAAUACCCAUCCACGACCCAUUUUCAAUUCCCUGGCUGAGGGAAGGAGGUUCUCACCCAAGAUUUGACGGUAUAUGGCCCCGUCCAUCGUCCUUUUGAUGCUAUGAAGUUGUCCUGUCCCCUUAGCAGCAGAACACCCCCAAAGCAUAAUGUUUCCACCUCCAUGUUUGAUGGUGUUCUUGGGGUCAUAGGCAGCAUUCCUCCUCCUCCAAACACGGCGAGUUGAGUUGAUGCCAAAGAGCUCGAUUUUGGUCUCAUCUGACCACAAAACUUUCACGCAGUUCUCCUCUGAAUCAUUCAGAUGUUCAUUGGCAAACUUCAGAUGGCCCUGUAUGUGCUUUCUUGAGCAGGGGGACCUUGCGGGCGCUGCAGGAUUUCAGUCCUUCACGGUGUACUGUUACCAAUUGUUUUCUUGGUGACUAUGGACCCAGCUACCUUGAGAUCAUUGACAAGAUCCUCCCGUGUAGUUCUGGGCUGAUUCCUCAGUUCUUAUGAUCAUUGCAACUCCACGAGGUGAGAUCUUGGAUGGAGCCCCAGGCCGAGGGAGAUUGACAGUUCUUUUGUGUUUCUUCCAUUUGCGAAUAAUUUCACCAACUGUUGUCACCUUCUCACCAAGCUGCUUGGUGAUGGUCUUGUAGCCCAUUCCAGCCUUGUGUAGGUCUACAAUCUUGUCCCUGACAUCCUUGGAGAGCUCUUUGGUCUUGGCCAUGGCGGAGAGUUUGGAAUCUGAUUGAUUGCUUCUGUGGACAGGUGUCUUUUAUACAGGUAACAAGCUGAGAUUAGGAGCGCUCCCUUUAAGAGUGUGCUCCUAAUCUCAGCUCGUUACCUGUAUAAAAGACACCUGGGAGCCAGAAAUCUUUCUGAGAGGGUGUCAAAUACUUAUUUCCCUCAUUAAAAUGCAAAUCAAUUUAACAUUUUUGAAAUGCGUUUUUCUGGAUUUUUUGUUAUUUUGUCUCUCACUGUUCAAAUAAACCUACCAUUUAAAAUUAUAGAUUGAUCAUUUCUUUGUCAGUGGGCAAACGUACAAAAUCAGCAGGGGAUCAAAUACUUUUUUUUUCCCUCACUGUAUGACAUGUAAUGACAAUGAAAAGGGUGACGUUCAAAGAGUGUACAGAGUAGAUUUUAGCUAAGACCUCUAUAUUGCCAUAGGACUCUCUGGAGGACGAGGUGAGCAGCUACAACGACGAUGUCACUGAGCCGUCUUACAACGACGAAAACCUCAUGUGCUACGAGAACGGAAGAGUGCCGUUCUUCAAGGUAAGGUUACCCCAGUGUUUCUGUAUGGUUAAGUACGGUUUCAGCUCUCGCUCCCAGGCCCAGCUAUAGGUGGCAUUGUUUGAUUUUGUAAUGUUUUGUUUUCUCUCCUUUCAGAAAAAGAAGGCCGGCAAGAAGGAAAACAAAGCCCUCAAUCGUUCCAAGAUGACAGAAAAUGAAUCUCAGGCAACGCCGCUCAGGUCCAAAUUACCACUCAGGUGUCAGAACUAGUAGAACUUGACUGUCCUUUACAUUUCUUAACUAUUUUGUAUUAAUCUUUUACCUGGGUCGUUCCACCAAUUUAGGUGC